GCACAACUGAUUUGUUUAAAUGAGCUUGAGCUUCCCCGGAAAAACUGCCUUCAUUGCGAAGUACGACAGUCAUGGUUUCGCUUUCAAUAUGGCAGCUGGUGCGGGCUGUACUUCUCUCAACGGCGCUCACAUCGGCAGCAGAGAUCACCUCUGACACCCACUUCUAUGGCCAAUCUCCACCUGUCUACCCUUCGCCUCCCAUGACAGGGACCCCAUCAUGGGCAGCCGCGAACGCGAAAGCAGUUGCCCUCGUCUCCCAGAUGACCCUCGAAGAGAAAGCGAACAUCACGGUAGGCUACACGCCCCGGACGGGCUGUUCAGGCGAGACAGGCACUGUUCCCCGACUCAAUUGGCCUGGCGUGUGUAUAUCAGAUGCCGGGAAUGGCCUAAGAAACACGGAUUUCGUGAAUGGCUGGCCGAGCGGGAUACAUGUAGGCGCGUCAUGGAACCGGAAUCUGGCGUACCAGAGAGCGUUGCAUAUGGGAGGGGAGUUCAAGACGAAAGGUGUACAUGUUGCGUUAGGCCCGGUUGUUGGGCCGCUUGGACGGGUGGCACAAGGUGGUAGGAAUUGGGAGGGGUUUAGCAAUGAUCCAUAUCUGUGUGGUACUCUUGCUGGGGAAACUGUCCGAGGCAUGCAGGAAGCUGGUGUGACGGCUGCGACCAAACAUUAUAUCGCCAACGAACAAGAGACGAACCGGAACCCAUUUGGUGAUGUCGAGGCUUUUUCAGCUAACAUUGACGACAAGACUCUGCACGAGUUGUAUUUGUGGCCGUUUGCGAAUGCGGUCCAUGCUGGAGCUGGGUCGAUCAUGUGCUCCUACAACCGAGUUAACAAUUCCUAUUCCUGUCAGAACAGCAAGUUGCUGAAUGGCAUUUUGAAGACGGAGCUGGGAUUUGAAGGCUUUGUGGUUAGUGAUUGGGGAGCACAGCACACCGGAUUAUCCUCAGCAACAGCUGGCCUGGAUGUCGCGAUGCCGAGCUCUAGCUUCUGGGGAGUAGAUGGAGGAUACUUGACGCAAGCAGUCAAGAACGGCAGUCUUGCGGAGUCCAGAGUGACAGAUAUGGCCACUCGACUGGUGGCAAGCUGGUAUCAAAUGGGUCAAGACGUAGGCUUCCCCGCCAGAGGCGUUGGAAUGCCUUCUAUAUUCUACACGCCUCAUCCACCCGUCUACGCUCGGGAUCCAUCAUCUAAACAGUUCCUCAUCGACGGAGCCCUCGAAGGUCACGUGCUAGUCAAGAACGUGAACAACGCCUUGCCCUUGAAGAAACCGAAGCUCCUCAGUAUCUACGGAUACGACGCACCCAGCCCUCUCGAGAUGAAUGUUGGAGGAUUAAACGAUUUCAUAGGUGGAACUUGGGUGUAUGGCUACGAGUCUGUUCUGGGCUACAUACCUUUCAUCUCUGGCACUGCACCGCCUCAGAUAGCAUUCAACGGAACGAUCAUCAGUGGAGGAGGAAGUGGUGCAAAUUCUCCAGCGUAUAUUUCGGCUCCGUUCGAUGCGAUUAAAGAGCAAGCAUACCAGGAUGACACCAGUUUGUUCUGGGAUUUCAUGAAUGUGGAUCCGACGGUUGAUACCAAUACUGAUGCCUGCCUUGUAUUCAUCAAUGCUUUUGCUACUGAGGCGGAUGAUCGGGCUGGUCUGCAUGACGACUACUCCGAUGCCCUUAUUAAAAACGUGGCAUCGAAAUGCAACAACACAAUCGUGACUAUCCACAACGCUGGCAUACGCCUCGUCGACCAAUGGAUCGAGCAUCCCAACAUCACAGCCGUCAUCUUCGCUCACCUGCCCGGCCAAGACUCCGGGCGAGCGCUCAUUCAACUCAUGUACGGACAACAAUCAUUCUCCGGCAAACUACCCUACACAGUCGCUAAGAAUGAGAGCGCCUAUACGAAUGGCGGCAAACCCAGCCUGCCCGAGGGAGACUACACACUAUUUCCGCAAAGCACCUUUUCGGAGGGCGUGUUCAUCGACUACAAGUAUUUCGAUCAGAAGAACAUCAAGCCAAGAUAUGAAUUCGGGUUUGGACUUACGUACACUACAUUCUCGUACUCCAAUCUGGUGAUCAAGAAACUCGACGGUGUUAGCACCGCUCCCACUCCUCCUCCCUCCCCAAUCAUUCCGGGCGGAAUCGCCAGUCUCUGGGACGUGGUCGCACAAGUCACUGCCACCAUCACGAACACCGGGAAUAUGACUUGCUCCGAGGUUGCACAACUAUAUGUCCGCAUCCCCGGUGGGCCGUUGAAGCAGUUGAGGGGCUUUAGCAAAGUUGGAGUGCCGGUAGGUGGGACAGUGACGGUCGAGUUCGAUUUGAUGAGGAGGGAUCUGAGUACGUGGGAUGUUGCGAGUCAGGGAUGGGUGUUGCAAGGUGGGGGGUAUGACCUUUGGGUCGGCGCGAGUUCGAGGGAUCUGCCGUUGAAGGGGACGUUGAUGAUAUAAUGGAGAGGAUGGAAUGUAAUGAGAUAUGAGACAAGAGGAAAGGCGAAAUAGAGGAGAGAGAUAACUUAGAUAAUACUAAUGUUUAGAUGUAAAUACUAAUAAUUGCAGAACGAGAACUUGGCCGAUG